AUGAGAAAAGAUGCAAAAUUUGCUUCUGUUGAUAAUUUGUGUAGAAAAAAGUGUAAUAAUGUUCAUAUAGGUAUGAAAUUAGAAGCGGUUGAUCCUUUGAAUACUGAUUGUAUUCGUGUGGCUACAGUUAAAGGAUUUGCUGAUCAUUGGAUGUUUUUAUCUUUUGAUCGUACGAGUUGUGGUCAAGAAUUACUACAUUUACGUUCAGUUUAUUCAGAUGAAGUUUUCCCAGUUGGUUGGUGUAAUAAAUACAAAUAUUCUUUGGGUGUCCCAAAGCUUCCAUACAAUGACUCUAAUGAUUUUGAACAUUGUUAUUAUUCAUCGGAUGUUGAUAUUGAUUUAAGUCAAUCAGACUUGUCAACAAAAUAUCCUCGUUAUUUAAAAGGAGAAAUCUUUUAUCACUUUAGCAAUAAAGAUAAACUAACUUUUGAUGAUGGUUUUGAAGAAAUAGAAGAUGAUUAUAUUAAAUCUGAAGAUUCUGAUUCUGUUAAUAAUGUACUUAUACAUUCAGAAAUAGAGAUUAAAGAAGAUACUACUGAUGAAUAUGAUAGUAAUCCCAUUUUAGAUGCUAAAGACAAGUUUGAAUUAGAUGAAAAAUUCCAUGAUGCAUUAUUUUUGGAUGAAAAUGAUAUAAAACCAGAAGAAAUUGAUAUUAAACCAGAAGAAGUUGAUAUUAAACCAGAAGAAGUUGAUAUUAAACUAGAAGAAGUUGAUACUAAACAAGAAGAAGUUAAUUAUAAACCAGAAAAAAGAAAUAAUGCAAAAGAAGUUAAUCUAAAAAAAAAAAAAGAUCAUGUUAAAAAAUCCAUAAAAAAUGUGGUUAUAAAUUCUUCAAAAUUGUUUUCUAAAAAUAGCUACAAAAUGUGUAUUUACUUUAACAUAGAUUGUUAUCCUGGUAGUCACAUAGCAAAAAGAAAAAUUCCUAGCUUACCAGUUUGUAUUGGUCCCGGUCCUGUAUCCUCAAUAUUACAGGAAGCUAUAUCCGCAUUUGUUGAUUUAGAUUAUUUUCCUUCUAAUGCAUUAGAAAACAUUAAAAAAAUUCAAAGUAUGUUAUUCAGCGGACCUGGUGGUGUUGAAAAGUGGAUUACCACCAAAGCAACAAAAAAUUGUGAUAGUAUCGCCGAAUCUCUUCUUCUUCCUGAAUCUAGGAAGAUGGCUAAAAUAUAUUGUUCUGCUCUUUGUAAUCUAUCUGGCAUGUGUGAAUUCUUUAUGACUACUGAAGAAACAAAGUGUCCUCAUGGUUGUAAUAAAACAGAAAUUAAAAAUAUAGUACAGCCGUUAAAACCUAAAAUGGAUACUCUACCCAUUCGUAUGAAAUCAAAAAUAAAAUAUCAUCGAUUACAUGGUGCUCAAAAAUCUGCUGAAAUUAUACUACGUAAACCAACGCAUACAGAAAUUUCUAGAAUUGGUGAAAAAGUAUUAGAUUGGUCAAAUAAACCUUUAGUUUCAAGGUAUAAACAUUAUUUGGGGAGUAUAUUGAAUUUAGAAGUACACUUAUUUCAAUUCAAUAAGAGUCCUACUGAACUGGAAACAUCACUUAUAACUGAAAUUAUAUCAAAAAAAAAUAUACUUAGGAGAAUGGAUAAAAUGGAAAUUUUCAGCAAUACUAAAUCUGAAAAACUUUAUGAAACCAUUGAAGAAAAACUAUUUGUUGUUUUAGACAAUUGGAAAUCAACUUUUGAAAACUAUUAUCGUCAAAAUCCAAGAUUUAAGAAAUUUAAAAUUGAUAUAGGACAAUUAGAACAUAUUAAGGUCACGUCAAAUCCAAAAUAUUGGUCUCCUGAGGAUGUUUAUAAAUAUUUGACAAAUGAUUUGUUUUGUAAAGAUGCUGCUCUGAAACUAUUUGCUGGGGAAUUUGAUGGUCUAGCGUUUAUGCUAUUGAAUGAAGAACAACUUUUAAAGUGGUUACGAUGUACAAUCAAUUUAGCAAUAAGAAUCCUGUGUCAUGUAGCUGAAGUGAAAUACGUUGAUGACUAA